UUUGCCUUAACAAAAAUGGCUGAGUGAUUUCAGAUUCAGAUUUUUUAUUUUGGUUCAAACAUAAUCCAAAUAUUUACAACUACAAGGCGAUUUAAACGAUUUGAACAGAUCCAGUUAUGGAUCCAUCCUUGCUGAAAGAAAGAGAGGCUUUCAAAAAGCGAGCUUUGGCUCAACCUUCUGUGGAGAAUAAAUCCAAGGGAGAUGAUGGCAAUGCAAAGAAAAGACGCAAGGGACCUGAAGUUACUAAGGGCAAAGGGGGCCGGUUAGAGGUGAUGGGAGGUGGUAUGAGCUCCAAGCAACCACUGAGCAGCAAGCCAACAACAUACAAAUCUAUGAGUAGCAGCUCUCAGUACAAGUUUGGAGUACUCGCUAAAAUUGUCAAUUAUAUGAAGACCCGCCAUCAGAAGGGAGACACACAUGAACUAGACAUAGAUGAGAUAUUGGAUGAGACACAUCAAACUGAUGUGGGACAUAACACUAAACUCUGGUUAAAAAAUGAGGCUUUAAAAAACAAUCCAAAAAUAGAAUGCCUUCCUGGUGAGAAAUUUAAAUUCAAGCCAAUGUAUAAUAUUCCAAACAAGAAGGCAUUGCUACGUCUACUACAAAAGCAUGACUUGAAAGGCUAUGGUGGAGUUCUUUUGGAUGAUGUAGAAGAGUCUUUGCCCAAAUGUGAUAAAGCUAUCAAGGUUUUGGGAGAUGACAUAUUGAUAAUCACAAGGUCAAAUGAUAAGAAAAAGAUUUUGUUUUACAAUGACAAAUCAUUGGAUAAUUGUGAAAUAGAUGAAGAUAUUGUGAAACUAUGGAGGUCUACCACAGUGGAUGGUAUGGACGAUAACAAAAUAGAAGAUUACCUGAGACGCAAUAAUAUUGUCUCCAUGCAAGAUAUGGGGAUACGCAAUCCAAUCCCUAUGCAUAACAGACGAGGAGGGAAACGAAACAGUAAAAGACGAAAGGGAUUUAAAACCCAUAAUGAACACAUGGAGGGGAUCUUGGAGGAUUAUUCAGCUAAAUAAAUGUACAAAGUAAAGUAACAUUUACAUAGAAACCAUGUGCAAGAGAUUGUAGAUGACUGUUUCAGUAAAUGAAUGUAAAUAUUAUAAGAAAACAUUGUAAAUAUAUGUAUAAAUGGAUGAGUACAUGAUAAGAUACAUUUAUCAACAAACACAUUGAAUGAGUGUGAUAGAGUUAAAAACUAUCAAUAGAUGGCAUACGAUUCAAUGGGUUGCAUUGUAUACAGAAUACAAAUUAACAUUUAAUAUGAAAUUCCUGCUCCAAAGGUAUAUGACCAGCUUCUUUUGAAAAUAUGUAAAAAGUAGAAUAAUGAAGAGAUUUGUUUAUGUACAUGUUAAAUAUUUUGAAUAUUGCGUUUUGAAUUUUAUUACAGCAAUAGCACAUGGUAUAUGCAGCUACCGAAAAUGGACGGUGUGAGCGGGUGUCACAGCGUGGCAGUGGCAGUGCCAACGGUUGUUGUUUGAAUUUACAUGAUUUAGAUUACCCAUUUUUGACACCCUUUAUGUGUCAAAUUUGAAACCUUUUAAUAUUGAUGCCUUGGAUUGUUUUUGGCGAGGAAAACUCUUUAAAUACGCAUUAAGAACUUAUAUAUUCCUACACCAAGAUAAUGGAUGUAAAUAAAUGACAUACAAUUCAAACAUCAUGAGUACCAAUAUAAUGUGUCUAAAGAUCUAUGAAAAACUCCCCAAACAUUCCAAGGUAUCAUGAAUCGUAUUAUCACAAAAUGUCGAUAUUACAUUGAUUAAGC